AUGUGGAACGCUAAAUUUUUCAAUUUUUACAACAACGGGAAUGACGUUCUUAUAACGAAGAAAUUCUGGAAUACUGACCAGAAGGAUCAAAGCUCAUUUAUCUUCAUAGUCGACAACAUGAAUGUUGCUGUUUUGCCAACGAUGGUAACCUUCGCUGACCGGCAAACUAAACAUCAGUGCUUUGACAAGUCCCACAGCUCGUUUGCUCGAUCAAAUGCGCACCAAAGUAUCAAGCCUUCUUCAUUCUUGAAAGCACUCAAAUACCACGAAAAGAAGACUAAUGGGAAGAAAGCCACUCUUGCUCGAACUACUGAUGAAGGAUCAAGAGUCGAACAAGCGUUGGAAUAUAUCACGAAUAUCAGAACUGGAUGGAAAAAUGGAAAGCCAGUCUACGGUUUCCCUUCCCAUAACCGCCGAAGAGAAUUCUGA